GGAUCCCGGAGAGGGGCGGGCGCCAUUGUGCUUCUCUGUGAACUGCUCUGCUUCAGUCAGAGGCCUAGAACUCCGAGGAGGAAGGCAGCGGUGUGGUUGCUGCGAGCGGGACGUGCCCUGUUCAGUGCCAGUUCGGGAGCAAGGAAAACCUUAAAAAUGGAGUCUAAACCUUCAAGGAUUCCAAGAAGAAUUUCUGUUCAACCCUCCAACUCUUUAAGUGCUAGGAUGAUGUCUGGAAGCAGAGGAAGUAGUUUAAAUGAAACCUAUCACUCAAGAGACUCUUCAUUUAGACUGGAUUCUGAAUAUCAGUCUACAUCAGCAUCAGCUUCACCAUUUGAGUCUACAUGGUAUAGUGAAUCUGAGAUAACUCAGGGAGCACGAUCAAGAUCACAAAACCAGCAACGGGAUCAUGAUUCAAAAAGACCUAAACUUUCCUGUACAAACUGUACAUCUACCUCAGCUGGGAGAAAUGUUGGAAAUGGUUUAAGUUCAGUAUCAGAUUCUUCUUGGAGGCAUAGUCAGGCUCCCAGAUCUUCAUCGGUGGUACUUGGAUCAUUUGGAACAGACUUAAUGAGAGAGAGGAGAGAUGUGGAGAGAACAGAUUCCUCCAUUAGUAAUCUUAUGGAUUAUAGUCACCGAAGUGGCGAUUUCACAACUUCAUCAUAUGUUCAAGACAGAGUUCCUUCAUAUUCACAGGGAGCAAGACCAAAAGAAAACUCAGUGAGCACUUUACAGUUGAAUACAUCAUCCAUAAGCCACCAAUUGCCUUCUGAACAUCAGACUGUACCAAGUUCUAGGGACUCCAGCAGAAAUUCUUUAAGAUCAGAUUUUUCUCCAAGAGAAUCAGAAUCUCCCCGAAGCAGUACGCAACCUGGAUUUUCUUAUAUUUCAAGUAGAGAUGAAACCCCAACCAUAAACAAUUCUGAAAGGCUUGGUUCGUCUCAGAGAUCAUUUCAAGAAUCUUCUGACAAUGAAGGUAGGCGGACGACUAGGAGAUUGUUGUCACGUAUAGCUUCUAGCAUGUCAUCUACUUUUUUUUCACGAAGAUCUAGUCAGGAUUCCUUGAAUGCAAGAUCAUUGAGUUCUGAAAGUUCUUACAUUUCUCCAAGAAUCUUGACAGCUUCACACUCUCGUAAUAAUGCAGCAUCAACUUCUGAAGUUUCUGAUACUAGGGCAUCUGAAGCUUCUCAGGGAUUUCGAUUUCUUAGACGAAGAUGGGGUUUGUCAUCUCUUGGCCAGAAUCAUAGCUCUGAGUCAUAUUCAGAAAAUUUUAACCAAGAGUCUGAAGGCAGAAAUACAGGACCGUGGUUAUCUUCCUCACUUAGAAAUAGAUGCACACCUUUGUUCUCUAGAAGGAGACGAGAGGGAAGAGAUGAAUCUUCAAGGACACCUACCUCUGAUAUACCAUCUAGAUCUCAUAUUUUUAGAAGAGAAUCAAAUGAAAUGGUUCACCUUGAAGUACAGAAUGAUCCCCUUGGGGCUGCUGCCAACAGACCACAAGCAUCUGCAGCAUCAAGUAGUGCUACUACAGGUGGUUCCACAUCAGAUUCAGCUCAAGGUGGAAGAAAUACAGGAAUAACAGGGAUUUUUCCUGGUUCCUUAUUCCGAUUUGCAGUCCCCCCAGCACUUGGAAGUAAUUUGACCGACAAUAUCAUGAUCACUGUAGAUAUUAUUCCUUCAGGUUGGAAUUCAGCUGAUGGAAAAAGUGACAAAAGUAAGAGUGCACCUUCAAGAGAUCCAGAAAGACUGCAGAAGAUAAAAGAGAGCCUUCUUUUAGAGGACUCUGAAGAAGAAGAAGGUGACUUAUGUAGAAUUUGUCAGAUGGCAGCUGCAUCAUCAUCUAAUUUGCUGAUAGAGCCAUGCAAGUGCACAGGAAGUUUGCAGUAUGUCCACCAAGAGUGUAUGAAAAAGUGGUUGCAGGCCAAAAUUAACUCUGGUUCUUCAUUAGAGGCUGUAACCACUUGUGAACUCUGUAAAGAGAAGUUGCAGCUUAACCUGGAGGAUUUUGAUAUUCAUGAACUCCAUAGAGCUCAUGCAAAUGAACAAGCUGAGUAUGAGUUUAUCAGCUCUGGUCUCUACCUAGUUGUGUUAUUGCACUUGUGUGAACAAAGUUUUUCUGAUAUGAUGGGAAAUACAAAUGAACCAAGCACACGUGUCCGAUUUAUUAACCUUGCAAGAACUCUUCAGGCACAUAUGGAAGAUCUCGAAAGUAGGUGGAAUUUCCCCUCCCCAGACUUGUUGAAUUUACUUUUGCAGAUUAAACCCAUAGAGCAAAACCUAAGUAUAUAUUCCUUUCUACCAAAUCAGAGCUUUAUUUAUAGGCUUAAUAAUCCCAAAAUGACUGAUUUGGGAAAUAUGGGUUGGGCAACUGACAUUAGUUUUAAAAGCAUAUUUCUAAAAGUAUACUUACUUUAAAGUAUGGAAGGAUAUAAUUUUAACCAGUAGUACUUUUUACUUUUAUUUUAAAUAAAAUUUUAUUUUUUAUCACUUUGAUUUUAGUACUUGUAAUCAAAAAGAAAGCAUAAAUUUAACUACCUAUCAAAUCUGAUAGAAUUUUUUUUGUAAGAGAUUUUACUUUUAGAUCAUAAAUUGUUUUCCUGGGGCUUAUGUAUGGUUUCAGGAAAUAGGGGAGAAAGAGCCCUUGAUUCUGAGUCUGUAACAGAAGCUGUAGGUUUUUGUUUUUUUUGUUUUUUGCUCCUCAUUUAGUUCCUCAUGGACCUUUAAUAGGCAGCCAGCUUCACUAGCAGCUCCAAUCUCUUAAGAUCACGUUCCAGCAUCAGAACUUCUGCCUGUGCUCCUAUGUGAAGGCACUGUUGUGCCCAAAUCUUUACAGGCGUCUGCACAGCCUACCUCCUUCUUCUCACAGUCUUACAGCUUCCAGGGUGCUUCAUACCAGGUGGGCACAGGUUUUGGUGGCUCUGGAACAGGUCCUGGGAAUCCAAGAUGACCCCAGUUAACCCCUACCUUUUACUUUUUCACCCAAAGCAACAGGCUCUUCAUUCCAGUGCACUCUUUGAAGUGUUUUUUAAUAUGUAUUCUCCAAAUGAUUACGUUGUGUACUCAUUUUCAAAAUACUUGGAGUGUUAUCUGUAGUGUGCUUAACAUUUUUAUAGUAAGAGAAAGCUCAGUAUCCUUUGAAGUAAGUUUUGAGAAGGACUUGGUCCUUAUAAGAACCUUUUAUUUCCUUGAAUAUUGUAAGCCAUGGGUUUUUGUCAUUAAGUCUGUACUGUUUUUAAGUUUUAAAAGGAUUUCAGAUUAAACCAGACAACACAUUUUCACAAUUUUAAUCAGUAUACGUGAAAAUAAAGGAGUCAGUGGGAAUUUAUUUGGUGUAAAAAAAAUUUUUUCCAUUAUUUCCCGUAAUUUUUCUUCUUAGUUCAGAUCAGUUAUGAUGGUUAGUACAAACGUCUCCUUUUUUGCAUGUUUUUAAAAAAUUAUAAUUUAUGCUUUGUCAGAUGCGAUGAUAGUAAUUUGUUUCAGUGUAUGUUUUCCCCUGAUUUCUCAAUUUUUGAAAAACUAACAUUCUCAUUUAGAAUUUAGUUCCUUAAACAUAACAGUAUUUGCUCCCAGCAUGUGAGAGAGAAGAAAAAGAUGGAGGUGAAAUAUACCCAAACACAGCUGAGAGUGAAAGAUGUGGGUGCUACAGGUUAACUCCUACACAUCAGAAUAUUAAUAUAUUCUGAAAACUGGCUUGGGCUGAAUUUUCCUCUGUGGUGUUUUUAAUCAAAUAGAAAACACAAGAAGUUGCCUAAAAAGCUGUUGUCUUUUAGUUUGAUAUUUCUCCAUGAUAUAACAUAAAACUUAACCAUAUUUCUAUCAGUCAAAAGUUAGGUAUAUGCUUAAUAUCAUUUAUUAAAAAUGGAUUUCAUCUAUAAGUGAUGCAUACUUUUCCUGUGCUUUGCUCUAGGUUGAUUCCAUUUGCUGGAUACUUUUACAUUGUCCAAUAUCAAUACAAAAAAAGAGUACAUUAAACUUUUCUGCUUUUGAUAAUCGGGGGAGAUGCUGGUUGGAUGUAUAUUUUAGUGAACUUUCAUUUUCCUUCACAUGCAGAACAGUUUACAGAAUACAUAAUUUUAUACCUAUGGUGUCCUUCCAAAAGACAAUCUGGGGUGCUUUAUAUUAACUCUUGAGCUGCUAGUGACUCUUGUAUAAGUUGAAGUCAGAAACGUAUUGCAAAAGUGGCAAGUUUCUGACUUUGUGGAGACAUGGGAAUAAUCUCAACAACAGGUUUUUAGUGAUUCCAAUUACUUUAACUUAGGCUGUGUCUAUAUAAAGCUUUUUUGGCUUACUAAAUAGAGCUUUAUCUUGGCAUUGUAUAGACAUAGCUUUGAUGUAAAUCACAAGAACACCCAUAACAUAUUAUUCUGUGUACAUUUUUUUUGUUGUUCUCAUUGGAUGCAUCAAACAUGCAGUGGUAAUAAGCCAGAUUCUACUCAGGUGUGUGAGAACACUUGCCUUAAAUUCACUUUUUCUCUAGUGUAUAUAUCAUUAGCUACUAUGAACACGAAUUGUUCUCAGAAAUAUUUUAGAAGAUGCUUUUGAACCACAUUUUAAGCAUUUUCAUUUUUAUAAAAACUAUAUAACAUUACAAAAAGAUAUGGGGGUGGGGCGUUGUGGAUGGGCAUCACCCACAGUCAAACCACCCUAACCCUGUCAUGAUAACUUAUCAUUCUGACCAAACAGUAUACUAAAUUGGGAUUUUUGUUUUACAAGUCAUUGCUGUUCUGGCUUCAUAUUUAUCCCUCCCAUUCUCAUCCCCCUUAAAAUCAUUGAUUAUCCUGUUUUCUUUCAACAGCUUCAGAGGAUGAAUCCGAAGAAGAUGGAGACCAUAACAGAACGUUUGAUAUUGCCUAACUUCAUAUAAGACAAAUGGACGAUCUGUGAACAAGUGUUUAUUAAAACUGGCAAUUAAGAAUGAA